UAAUGUUGUUACCUGGUUGUUAAAUCCCCUCCCAUCCUCCACUAUCCUUCGAUUCUCUCUCGUACUUACCGUUAUACCUGUGGUCCAAGUGAAAGAAAUUCAUUCACUUGUGCUUCUGUCGGUCCGUCGUUUGUUGUGCGUGUGUCGUUUUGAUGAUUCGGAUGAAGGUCAUAAGUGUCCAAAUUCAAAUACACACACUCAUCCUCGCCCUCUAAUUGUGGGACACUUUUUGGAGAAGACUAUUUGUGGUUUUGUUUCUCCGAUAUGCAACAGAACAAUGUACCGAGCAAUUUCAUUACUGUUCAUGGAUAGGAUUCAAUACACAGAAGAUAGUAAGGAGAUUGUACUACCAAAGCAUACAAUAUUUACAGAUAUCACGAGUUGGUGAAACGAGCUGUAGGCUAACUGAUGUUUAACAAUUGAUAAUAUGAUAUGCAAACGAUAGGGUCAAUGAAUCCCAUUCGAUCAUUGGGCAAAACAAAUCACAAAAGGGUGAAAUUAAUGUCAAAUAGAUGGCACAUGUCACACUCUAGACGGUGGUGUUCGCAAAAUGGCGUGUUUUCAUUAUAACCACACUACAAACAAAUGCACCAAAAAGGCAGACAAAGCUGUACGCGUGUGGAGAGAACCACAGAGUGACCAACGCGAGGGGGAAGGGAGUUAAUAGAACAUGUUGUGCAGACUUUGAGGGUUGUGGUAUUUUCCAAGCGAAAUUUCGAUGCGUUCCGUUAGCUUUCACCAGUGUAGGGCUGCUAAACAGAAUCUAGAAUCUAUCGUAGAGAGGAACAGUAGGAUGGUCGAGCGGCCGAGAUACCAAAUUGGACAGCUGAGUGAGAACAAGAAGCGUUCUAGAAUGGACAAGAGGAGGGUGGACAUAGGUUAAAGUGUGUUGAAAAUAUCAAACUCUACUAGAUGAGGUAAAGAAAUGUGGAUCAAUUAUUAUUGAUGAAGAUAUAUAUACAUAACUGUCAAAUAAAGUUUGAUAUAGAUUUAAAGUGUUGGUUAUACACGCUUUUAUGUUGUUA